AAGACAACUAAUUAUUGUGGCGGCAAACUGGUCAACACAAAUAUUAACCGAAAAAGUCAAAAAUCAAACGCGUAAGUUGAUUUGAUUGCUUGCACUUCCCUUCGUAAACUGGUACACUUAUUAUACAUCACAGAAAAAGAUUAUGAAGAAUAUUUCAACAAAAAAAAAUUAUAUAGUAUAUGAAGAAAACUUGUAUAACUCCUAAUAAUUAACUAUUCUUUUGUUGUUUUCAAUUUCAAUUUUAGCUUCCAUAUGGUUGAGCCAAUUUCACUGUUGUUCUUCUUCACACUUCACCUAUCAGUGGUAACAUCAGCGAAAUUUACUAUAAUUAAUCAAUGCAAUUACACGGUGUGGCCAGCUUCAUAUACCACCGGAUUCAUUUUGAAACCCGGUGAGAAUUCAACAAUCACGGUGCCGGCUAAAUGGACUGGCCGUUUCUGGGGCCGGACACUCUGCACAACAGAUUCCACCACCGGGAACUUCUCCUGCGUCACAGGCGAUUGUGGAUCCGGCAAGUUAGCAUGUGCUGGCCGCAGUGGAUCACUGCCUGUGACACUGGCGGAGUUCACUUUGAACGGUGCCAAUGAUCAAGAUUUUUAUGAUGUCAGCUUAGUAGACGGUUAUAAUGUUCCGAUGGAUGUGAUUCCGUUAGAUGGUUCUGGAAAGUGUAAUAGUACCGGUUGUUCUACGGAUUUGAACGCAGUGUGUCCAACAGAGUUGAAGGUAACAGAAAAUGGGACAGUUGUGGCCUGCCAAGGUCCUUGUGCUGCAUUUAAUUUGCAGUUUUUUUGUUGUGUUGGGAAUCAUUCAACUCAAGAAACUUGUGAGCCGAGUGUGUAUGCUCAGAUAUUCAAGACGUCGUGUCCUCGAGCUUAUAGCUAUGUGUAUGACGAUAAAAGUAGUACGUUCACUUGUCCGGCUACCGAUUACCAAGUCGUCUUUUGUCCUGCCUCCAAAAAUGCCAGCUUAGAAUCAUUGGAUCAAGAUGGAAGUGUAAGUGUUGGUGAGUCACUUAUUGCUGGCAGUGGGACAACUCGAUGGCUAUCUCCUUCAGGAGAUUUUGCAUUUGGGUUUUAUCAACUUCCCAAUGAGCUUUUCUUAUUAGCUAUAUGGUAUGUCAACAUACAAACUGAUGCAAUCAUUUGGUAUGCAAAUGGAGACAACCCUGCUCCAAAGGGAUCAAGAUUAGUAUUAAACGAUUCUCGUGGCUUAGUGCUCACUAACCCUCAAGGUUCAGAACUAUGGAGAUCAUAUUUCACAUCAGGUACAAUUUCUAACGGUAUAAUGAAUAAUGCCGGAAACUUUCAGUUGCGAGAUAAAAAUUCUGUGGCAAUCUGGGAUAGUUUCAGUUAUCCUACUGACACAUUACUUCCUACUCAAGCAUUGGAAUUAAAUGGAAGUCUUUCUUCGCGGCAAGGAGCAUUCAACUUCUCGUAUGGAAGGUUCAAACUUCACUUACAUGAGGAUGGAAAUCUUGUGCUCAACCUUAUAAAUCUUCCAAGUAACUAUAGUUAUGAUCCUUACUAUAGUUCUGACACCAAUAGUGGCAAUAAGAAUCAAUCAAAUGUUGGCCAGCGUUUGAUGUUUGACAAAUCAGGUUUCUUAUACAUAGAGAGAAAAGGAGGGGAGAACUUUUCUAUCAGCUCAAAUGUGUCAUUGUCAACUAAUGAUUACUACUGCAAAGCAACAAUUAAUUAUGACGGAGUUUUCACCGUAGCAUUUUACCCUAAAGAUCCAAAAAGAGGACAAAGUUGGGUCGUUGCAAAGACUGUACCAGAAAACAUUUGCUUGUAUUCUACAUUCGCAGACGGUGAAGGGGUUUGUGGGUAUAAUAGCAUUUGCACUCUUACAAAUGACCAAAGGCCAAAUUGUACUUGCCCUGAUGGAUAUUCUAUAAUUGAUUCGAAUAACGUGUAUGCUGGUUGCAUACCGAAUUUUCAAGUCAUUUGUCAAGCUGGUGGGAAUUGGGGUUCACAAGAUGAUCUAUAUACAAUGAAGGAAUUGCCAAAUACUGAUUGGCCUAAAUCUGAUUAUGAAAUAAUCAGUCCGUCUAGUUUAGAAGAGUGUAAGGAAUCAUGUUUGCAAGAUUGCUUAUGUGUUUUGGUUUCUUUCAAUGAAAGUUCUUGCUGGAAGAAGAAGCUCCCACUAUCUUAUGGAAGAAGUGAUCAGGUAGUAAAAGGAAUUUCUGUCAUGAAAUUGAUGAAAAAUGAUCCUUUGUCUACUUUGACAAAUGAGAAAAAAGAUCAUGAUACUUUGAUCAUUGUGAUUUCAGUUCUUUUGGGAAGCUCUGUGUUUGUUAUUUUGACAUUGCUUGGGGUAAUGUUUUUUGGGUUUCCUUACAACCGCAGGAAGAUCAAACAUCGUAGAACCAACCAAAAUGUUGUUGACAAUAACUUGCGCAAUUUUACCUUCAAGGAAAUAGUUGAAGCAACAAGUAACUUUAGAGAAGAAUUAGGAAGAGGUUCUUGUAGCAUUGUCUACAAAGGAACAAUAGACAAGAUGAUCAAUGUAGCGGUUAAGAAACUAGAUAAGUUGCUCCAAGAUAGUGAUAAGGAAUUUCAGACUGAAAUGAGUGUGAUAGGCCAAACUCAUCAUAGGAAUCUUGUUCGUCUUCUUGGAUAUUGCAAAGAGGGACAACAUCGGAUUUUGGUAUAUGAGUUAAUGAGUAAUGGAACUUUGGCAAACUUUCUUUUCGUCCCUUCAAAACCAAAUUGGAACGAUCGAGUCAACAUUGCCCUUGGGAUUGCUAGAGGUCUUGUUUACUUGCAUGAAGGAUGUUGCACCCAAAUCAUCCAUUGUGAUAUAAAGCCGCAAAAUAUACUUCUAGAUGAUCAAUACAAUGCUAGGAUUUCAGAUUUUGGACUAGCAAAGCUACUGUUGAUUAAUCAAAGUCACACUGAAACUGGAAUUAGAGGAACCAAAGGGUAUGUUGCACCAGAUUGGUUUAGGAGUGCACCGAUCACUACAAAAGUCGAUACUUAUAGUUUUGGUGUAUUGUUGCUAGAGAUAAUUUGUUGUAGGAAAAAUGUAGAGAAAGAUUUUAUUGCGGAAGAAAAAGGGAUUUUAACCGAUUGGGCUUAUGAUUGCUAUAAGACUAGAAGACUUGACAAUCUUCUUGAAAACGAUAAUGACGUCGGCAAUGACAAGAUGAGCUUGGAAAAGUUAGUCAUGAUUGUUAUUUGGUGCAUUCAAGAAGAUCCUUCUCUUAGGCCGACAAUGAAGGAGGUUUUACUAAUGUUAGAAGGAUUUGUUGAAGUUGUGGUUCCCCCAAGUCCAUAUCUCUAUGGUUCUGUAAGUUGUAAUUAAAAUUUGUUUCCUUUGAAUGAGAUUUUAGCAUUGCCUUCAGUUU